AUGAACCAGAUUGUGGUGGUAUAUAAACCAAAAGCCCAGUUAUUUUAUGAUAAUGUUUGUAAUAAUGGAACUGAUAGUGCUUGGGGCAACAAAGAUGCUUGUAGUGACAAAGGUGCUUGUGGUGAUAAAGGUGCUUGUGGUGGUAAAGGUGCUUGUGAUGGCAAAGAUGCUUGUGGUGGCAGAGGUGCUUGUAGCAGCAAAGGUUCUUGUGGCAGCGCUAAUACUUUAGAACAAUAUUCUUUUUGUUUGAUUAUCUAUAUAGUUGCAAAAUCUACACAGAAUUCUGCACUAUUUAUAUUAAUUGCGACUAAAUUUUAG